UCAUGAGGACGGUCGCUAGUGCUCUUCCACGACGGUCGUCGGCUCGGCCGCCGUCGUUGCCGUCGUCGCGGCCGUUGUUGUUAUUGUUUGUGACGGUGACGGCGGUGUUGUCUUGCGUUACGGCCGACGUCGGCAAAGAUCGCCAGGUGUCCGACACGCGGGCCGAGGGCCGCGGAAAAAUGAAGGACAUGAUGAUGAGCCCGAUGAUGCUCAUCCCGCAACUGAUAGCGCUGGGAUUCGCGCCCGUCGUGUUGGCCAACUUGAAAAUGAUGAUCAUGUCCGCGAUGAUGAUCAACAACAUGGCCCUGAACGCGGCCAUAUUCAUGACCAUCCGGGACUUCGUUUUUGGGCCGAAGCCUGGACCCAGUGUCAAGUACGUCAAUUACGGUUACGGCGGCCACGCACGCCACACGCACAGGCGGCGACGGAGAAGGCGAGACGCAAAUGCGGCCAGAAGACAAACAUGAUUUGUAGUAGUGCGCCGCGUUCGAAAGACUCGAAAAAAUAUUUUUCACCAGGUGUCUAGUCCAUGUUUUGUUUUUUUUUCUUUUGAUUAAAACAAAAUUGUUUAUUUAUAAAUAAUUAUAAUAAUAAUUAGUAUUUAUUAACGAAUCGACUAUUUUCAUCCGGUCGCGUGUCAUAAUAUAUUAUAAUAAUCAUUUUACUAUAAUAUACAGCUACUUGUAUGUGUACAAAUUUUGAUUUUUAACUAAUUAUAAAACAUGGAGAUUGUGUUAUGUUAAAAAAAUCCAUUUAAAAUUGUUUAAAAACAGAAGAUUUUAAUAAUAAAUAAUACAUAAUUUUGUAAAUACCGUCUAUGGCGAUAACGAAUCACCUCGCAAUUGCUUGUCAUCGUGAUAGGUACCUACUGUAUAAAAAGUUUUUUCAAAUGUCCAUCACAUUGUUGUAAUAAAAGUACAAGAACUAAUUAUACUUUUAAUUUAUCAAACGUAACCUUCGAUUGCGUGUUAUUAUAUAUUGUAAAAUAAAAAUGUUUUUGAAUGUUUAAAUGCAAAUAAAAACGAAAUUGUUAAAACAUCAUUAAAAUUAUUAAGCGUUCGUUACAGUAAUGUUUAGAAUAAUGUUAACGAGUUUAAAAGAAUUAGGUUUAUUCCUCAAAAAGUUGAAAAAACUAGUUAAUAGUUUUUGUUUUACUUUUAUCAUGACGUGCAUUUUGGUAUAACGGCUAAAUGAAAGUCAACAAAGAAGAUGAUUGACAAAUGGAAAAAAACCACAACCGAUCUAGGAUUUAUCGAAGGUAUGAGUGAAGUUGUUUAGUUAUUCAAAUUAUGAUUAAUAGAUUAUUUUUACAAGAUUGUU